AUGACUGGCUGGCCCCUCCCCCCCGAGCUGACCUCACUAGCCUUCGCACACCUCGACUCCCUAGUCGCCUGCGCUGCCGUAUGUUCCCAAUGGCAACCACUCGCCGAGAGGCAGACUUUCUCCAAACUGGAACUAGCCAAGCCACGGGUCGACGAGUUUGAACGAUUCACCGCAGGACCCAGACGUGAAUUCGUCACGGAAAUCAACAUCGUCGCCACUCGAGGUGUCAAAGGCAGGGAAGCCGAUCUGACGGACUCGAUCCGGAAGCUGCUCAAAUUGCUUUCCCUUUGGAACGAAAAUGAUUUCAACGCCCGUGGAAUCAAACUCGUCAUCGAUGGACUAAGUCCUGCUGAUCUUCACCAAUCCCGACGUGAAGUGUCGGGGUGGCGGUCCCGCGAGCAGUAUCAGUUUGGGUCGGGCAUAUCAUUAGUUCCGGCGAUCAAGAGCCUGGAGAUCUUGGGACUACCCAGUUUCCAGGCCUGGGUACCGGCGUUUCUCUCCAGGCUUGUCACGAGGUUGCCAGGGUUGGAGGGUUUUGCGUUGAGGAAGGUGGAGUGGGAUGUUCAGGACUGGGGGGACUUCGUGAAGGAUUUCAGUGCUUGGCCGGCCACCUUGAGAGAUGUCAAGCUUGCGCAGGUUCGAAUCCAUUUUGCGGAUGGUUCUGAUGCACUUGGUCGCAGCAUGCACCACCUGUCACGUCGACUGCGGAGUCUAGAGAUCUCGGGCUGUACCUGGACAGAUAUCUUCAUGCCGCGAAGCCUCCCCUACGACGGCGACUCGCGUAAGAUCUUGCAAGAUGAGCCCGACUGGCCACACCUCGAAUCUCUCACCAUCCGCUACACAGACACCACCCCCACAGGCAAAAGCCUAUACACCUCGGAUGACCUGGCAACCCGCAUGUUCGACAGAGCCUCUCUCAACGACCAGUUGCUGAGCGAGCUCUACCUGACCGCUGGUAAAGCGGCGCUCAGGAUGCCACGGUUGCGGUAUAUGCAACUCGGUCCUAUGGGUUGGAACAGCUGGACCCAUUUAUUCGUGUAUGAAAUUGAUGGGCGACGAGCGACGGCGAGCUGGAACGCCUCGCUUCGUUUCCAACCUCCUCCUGAAGUUCUUGACGCGUGGAAGACUGUUGCGUGGGAGCACACGGGGCGAGAGUUGAGGGUUUGUGUUGAGGUUAAGCAGAGAUGA